AACAGAGGAUUCUGAUGGGCUACAGUCCAUAGGGUAGCAAAAAGUCAGACAUGACUGAACAUACAUGCAAACACAUGUACACAAAGUCAAAGAAUUUAUCAAGCUCAUAGGCGCUAUAGGAACGCAGACCCUGAGGCCCCCGAGAAUAUCAGGACAGUAAAUAUGACCUUCAUUGAACAAACUACCCCAGAUGUAAGAAGAAAAUUACAAAAUUCAGAUGGUGCAUUUAGAAUGAAUGCUUCUCAGUUGGUAGAUGUUGCUUUUAACAUGAUCAACAACAGGGAACAACAACAGAAGAAAGAAGAUGCAAAGUGGACCACCACUUUCCUGGCAGCAGCGUUGGAUUCCUGGAAAGUGUGUAACUCGGAGAGAGGUAAGUCACCACUGGGGAAGGAAUGAUGCACUUACUGUAAGGAGGAAAGGCACUGGAAAAAAGAUUGCCCUGGGCUAGAACAUAGGAAGAAAACAAUAAAAGGAAGCCAGGAGCCUCCUGUAUGGUAGAAAGAGAGGAACACUCACGGUAAAUACAAGAUCUGUGUUUAAGGGGGGCAUGCAAUUCCAAUUUCUCCACAGGAGCCCCAGGCAACUUUGACGGGGAGCCAGUUGAUUGACUUUCUAAUAGAUACAGGCAUAACAUAUUCUGUGGUAAGCACCAAACUGACACAGAAAACAUCUCAAUUCACCCCAAUCACAGGGGUCUCUGAAGAAGCACAAAAUCAUUCAUCCUUACAAUCUCCAGAAUGUCAACUAGGGUACCCCACCCUGAAACACAGUUUCUUAUGCUAUGCCAGAGUGUCCAAUCCCUCUUUGGGGACAGAAUCUCCUUUGUAAGUUAAAAGCUCAAGUAACAUUUUUGCCAGAACAGCUUGACAUCAGGGGCCCACCCACCAGAGCAUGCUUUGAGCCUAAAGAUGGCGCUCAUGGAAACCCCAGAAAAGGAGAUGGAGCUCUUUCUCCCCUGAGCUAUUUGCUUUUACAUGACAGGACCCAGAAACACAGGUAGUUCAACAGUGUGCUUAGACAGACCUCCAUCAAGGAUUUAAGAAUUCCCCUACUGGAAGUGGCUCUUUUGCAGGAAACUGCCCUCAGGAGGAAGCCCCUGUCCUUGCCACCUUAGCAAAGCUAUAUUGUAACUCACUUUUAAAUCAGGCACCCCCAUGUUCUCAACUCCAACCCAAGCAUACUUUUCAAAUCUUUUAAUCUCACAAUACCUUGCCUAACUUGCUGGUUCUUUCCAUAGAUCAAAGCAGUAGACAGGAAGAAUAAGUAGUUAACAGGUGACCAGAUCUCUUCCCUAGCUUCCCCUCCAGUAGUCUGAACAUACUGUGUGAACAAGAUUAACAUCUAGGGGAAGAUCAUGAGGAGUCCACAAGCCUGCACACAGUGGGAUGGACAAGACUCUUACUCCCUACCUCAGUGAUGAACUGAGAUUACUUCCGUUUCCCUUUCAAGACUUUCAGGGCUGAAGAGAAUCUUCAGAAGUGGCUUCCUGGGGACGCUGAGUCCACCUUCUCCCCAGAUUGCUGCCCUUCUGAUUAAAAGCACUUUUUCUCUCCACCAACAUUUGUGAGCAUUGAUUUUGUAAGGGGUGAGCGGCAGGACCUGCUUCACUGGGUCACUACUUUGGGGAAACCUCGGCUAGGGACCUCAGAAACUUAACACUGGUCAAAGGACUCUUACUUCAAUAUGUGGACAAUUUGCUCACAGCGAGUUCUACAUAUGAGAAAGGUCUACAAAACACCAUCAGAGCUCUGAACUCUUUGGCCAAUUAUGGAUAUAAGGUCUCCCAGAAAGAGGCCCAGACAUGUCAGCAACAAGUUACCUAUGCAGGUCUUUUCCUUUCCUAAGGACAGUGGGACCUUUCGCCCAACAGACAACGGGCAGUUCAGACUGAAGAACACCCAAGACCCACAGGCACCUGAGGGUCUUCCUGGGAAUGGCAGGAUUCUCUCAGAUUUGGGUCCCAAAUUAUGGGCUCAGAGGAACACUCUUCUAUGAGGCUUGAAACGGACAUGAUCUUGAGUCCCUUACUUGGACUAAAGAGUACCAGACAGCCUUUGAAACAAUAAAAACAAAGUUAGCCUCAGCCUGACCUUUAAAACUGUAUGUCCAGAAGAGACAAGGCCUGAGUCUUGGGGGUGUUAAUUCAAGUCUGGGGAAUGACCCCCUGACUACUUCUCAAAACAACUAGUACAGACUGUUAAGGGGUGGCUCCCUUUCCAUCCAGCUGUAGCAGCUACAUGUGACAGGCUUCAGGAAGCUGACAAGUUUACCCUGCGGCAAUCCACCACUGUGAAAGUCCCUCCUCACAUCCUUUCUUUACUGGAACGAAGAGGGAGCUAUUGGCUGACUUCUGAGAGAAUUCAGGAGUAUUCUCUUAGACAAUCCCAAUUUAAGACUUUCCAGAGGUCACUUCAGCCUGAAAUCCAGCCACAUUUGUUCCUGAUUGAUGCUUCACACCCCUCAAUGCACAACUGCCUACACGUCACUGCGCUAGUGUACUGUAGCAGACGGAACUUAACGGACCAACCCUCCACUGAACCUCAUGUGGGACUGAUCAGGGAUGGAAGCAGCUUCAUGGACCAGAAAUCAUCGCUCUGACAAAAUCCCUACUAAGCACUGAAGACAAGGGAGUAAAUAAACACACACACACACUCUCACUGUGCAUUCUCCCUGUUGCACACUCACGGGCAAUCUGGAAAGAAUAGGGGCUCCUCAGUCAAACCGUUAAGACAGAAAGCAUGCUUCUGAAAUCCUGUCACUAUUAGAAGCGGUCCAUAAGCCCUCCCAAGUGGCCGUAAGGCCACCAAAAGGGUAAAACUCAUACAACAGAGGGCGACUCGUUAGUUGCCCAAGCUGCAAAAAAAGCCAGCAAAGAAGGUGAUGAUCAAGCUUUGAUGAGGUCAAGGAGGAAUCAGGAGUCUGCCAAAGGCACGCCCACAAGCGCCCGGGUUAGGCCUGGGCUCCUAACCUGCAUAGUCUCACCCACAGAGCCCCAUCCUUGGAAGUGAGGUCAGCUCCACCUUUCGCUAGUUUGGGCAGGGCCUGGUCAGCCUACACAUUGCCUUCGCAAACUCACCCUUCUGCGCCACGAGCUUCCCUUUUUCCAGAGGCCGCCAAGCCCUUAGGCUGCCUAAAUCCCCAGAAACCCACGAAAAGUUCCUGCCUCUGAGAGGCCCGCCUUUCACCUUAGCAACGGAACCCCUUAAGUUGGCCAGCCUGCGCACGGCACUCCGAUUGCGGGCGGCCCCUGUCCGUCAAGCAUUUUCUCUCUGUCCAGUGUCCACUCCACCUUCCUGCCCCUGCCUUUCCUGGAGGAUAACGGAGGAUGAAGUUUCCUCCAUUCUGGCGCGCCCCAUCUAUCAAGACAGGCUGCGAGCUUCCUCCAGCGAAGAGAGGAAUAGGCCCCAGCCUUCCAUUGGGUCCGGAGAAAUGUCAGUCAAGGGAUGGGCGGGUACAACAGCGACCUGACGCAAGGUUUCCGUGGAGACACUUCUCAGACUGAAUGGGGCGGGAUGACCUGAGGGGACCGGCUUCGCUUUAUUGGGCCACAGGCGAGGCAGUCCGCCUUCCGUACUCCGGAUUGGCUGAGCGCGAGCCGCGCCCCCCUCACGCCGGCGGCUUUCGCACGAGAAGUGGGCCCAUUUCACCCCAGUUGUAGCCACACGUGCCCUCGCGGUGGGAGUGAGUGCAGUCCGGGCCGGCCAGAUCUGUCGUAGACCCAGGAGCAGCGCGGGCCUCUUCAACGGGAUGUGCAGAUGGAGGCCGGAGGAGACACUGCUGCCCCAGCCCCUGGGGAUGCGGAGGACUUGGAGGAGAUGCGGUUCCCCAGUGAGGAGGCUGAAGACGGUGGAGGGGUUCACAGGGACUUACCCGAUCCUGGAGAUGCAAGCUUGGAGAAAGCAGGAUCCAAGACCAAGGACCAGUCACCUAGCCUGCUGCUCCAGUCAGAGGCUCCAUCAUGUACCUGUGGGCUCUGGAGCCCCGCAGCCUCCGAGGGCAGUCCUCUGGGCUGCCCUGAGACUGGCUUAGGGGGCCCUGGUGGGGACCCAAGCGAUGAGGACUGGCGCAGCAAACGGAAGCACGUGUUUGUGCUGAGUGAGGCCGGCAAGCCCAUCUACUCGAGGUACGGCAGCGUGGAAGCCCUGUCGACCACCAUGGGUGUGAUGACAGCCCUGGUGUCCUUCGUGCAGAGCGCAGGAGAUGCCAUUCGCGCCAUCUAUGCUGAGGACCACAAGCUGGUGUUCCUACAGCAGGGCCCGCUCUUGCUGGUGGCCGUGUCAAGGACUCCUCAGUCAGCCGCCCAGCUGCGUGGGGAGCUGCUGGCCGUGCACGCACAGAUCGUGAGCACCCUGACGCGCGCCAGUGUGGCCCGCAUCUUUGCGCGCAAGCAGAACUACGAUCUCCGCCGCCUGCUGGCCGGCUCAGAGCGCACCCUGGACCGACUUCUGGACAGCGUGGAGCGGGACCCGGGGGCCCUGCUGCUGGGCGCCGUGCGCUGCGUGCCUCUGGCUCGCCCGCUGCGGGACGCGCUGGGCACGCUGCUCCGACGCUGCACGGCGCCCGGCCUGGCCCUCUCGGUCCUGGCGGUGGGCGGUCGCCUGGUGACAGCCGCCCAGGAGCGGACGGUGCUGGCCGAGUGCCGGCUGGACCCCGCCGACCUGCAGUUGCUGCUGGACUGGGUGGGGGCGCCGGCCUUCGCCGCGGGCGAGGCCUGGGCGCCCGUGUGCCUGCCUCGCUUCAAUCCUGAUGGUUUCUUCUACGCCUACGUGGCCCGCUUGGACGCCAUGCCCGUCUGCCUGCUGCUGCUGGGCACCGACCCCGAGGCCUUCCAUGACAUGGCCACCUGCCGGCGCCUGGUCGAAGAAGGCAUGCACUCGCUUGGAGCCAUGCGUGCCCUCAGGGAGGCUGCCAGCUUCUCGAAUGCUGCAUCGGCCAGUGCCUCGGCCUACAGUGUGCAGGCUGUGGGCGCUCCCGGCCUCCGGCACUUCCUCUAUAAGCCACUAGACAUCCCUGACCAUCACCGCCAGCUGCCCCAGUUUACCAGCCCCGAGUUGGAGGCCCCCUACAGCAGAGAGGAGGAGCGACAGCGCCUGUCUGACCUGUACCACCGCUUGCACGCCCGGCUGCACAGCACCUCCCGGCCACUGCGCCUCAUCUACCAUGUGGCUGAGAAGGAGACCCUUCUGGCCUGGGUGACCUCCAAAUUUGAGCUGUAUACCUGCCUCAGCCCCCUGGUGACCAAGGCAGGUGCCAUCCUCGCAGUGACCAAACUCCUGCGUUGGGUGAAGAAAGAGGAGGAUCGGCUCUUCAUUCGUUACCCACCCAAGUACUCCACACCCCCAGCAGCCCCAGUGGCCUCCACGGACCAAGCUUCCCACAAUGGCUUGUUUACUGGCCCUUGAGAGGCAGAGCUCCCAGACUGGGCAGUGUUGAGAACCACCACCUUGGGCUUUUACCUUCUGUCUUCACCCUGGAAAUGGGGCAGGGUUGGGGGGUUGGUGGCGGU